UGAAGUAAGGAAGCAAAGAGGCUUGAUUGAUUUCCGAGAAGGAGGAGGAGGAGGAGGAAGGAGGCUGGAUCGUGGCGAGGACGCAAGACAAAGAGAGAGGUGCAGCAGUGGGGCUGAGAAAGGGUCAGGAGUUUGUAUUUGGGGGGUGAAAAGAGUGGGAGAUCCUCCCCCUACAUCUCCCCCGGGGAUUCAUGGGGGGUGAGUCGCAUGCAUGCAACCUAGGGGCAACAUUGGGGGCCGAACAGCUUCAGCGCUUCCAUUGCACGAUCCUGGUUGAAGCGCCCUCUCCCCCAGGAGUGGGUGUGGGAAGAGACGCCCUGGUGCAGAGGAGACUAAGAAGACAGUGUCGGGGCUAAGAAAGCCGGCCUACCUCACUGGGCUGCUGUGUGAGGACAAAAGGGGAGCAAGGGCACGUGUCCCCCUCCCCAAACGCCUUGGACAAGAAAGCAGAUCCCUCAAAAGAGAGGUCCGGUGACCUUUGAGGAGGAGGAGGAGGAGGAGGCAGCAGCUGUGCAUUUCACGGAGGAGGAGUGGAUCUCCUGGAUCCGGGCCAAAUCGCUCCGCACAGGGAAGCGAUGGAGGAGAAUUAUGAGAUUGGAGCCUCUUUCAAACCAGACCUCAUUUCCUGUUGGGAAGAAGGAGAAGAUCCGGUGAUGCAGGAACCCAAAGAAGAGGACGAGACCUCAACAGGAUACAUCUGGGGUGUCAAGGCUGAGGGAGAAACAUCUGACGUAUCACUAGAAAAAGAUGAGGAGCAGGACCAGAAACUGAGGAGUCAAGAUGGAGCAAAGAGACAAGAGGAGAGACAGACUCACACAGGGGACAAACCUUAUAAAUGCUUGGAGUGUGGAAAGAGCUUCCAGUGGAGAAACGCCCUUACAGUGCAUCAAAGAACUCACACAGGGCAGAAACCCUAUAAAUGCUUGGAGUGUGGAAAAAGCUUCGGUGACAGUAGCAACCUUACCUCGCAUCAAAGAACUCACACAGGAGACAAACCUUAUAAAUGCUUGCAGUGUGGAAAGACCUUCAGGUGGAGUAGUCACCUUACUUCACAUCAAAGAAUUCACACAGGAGACAAACCUUAUGAAUGCUUCGAGUGUGGAAAGAGCUUCAGUCAGAAUAGCACCCUUACUUCACAUCAAAGAAUUCACACAGGAGACAAACCUUAUGAAUGCGUCGAGUGUGGAAAGAGCUUCAGUCAGAAUAGCACCCUUACUUUGCAUCAAAGAACUCACUCAGGAGACAAACCUUAUAAAUGCAUCGAGUGUGGAAAGAGCUUCAGUCACAGUAGCAGCCUAACUUUGCAUCAAAGAAUUCACACAGGGGGCAAAGCUUAUAAAUGCUUGGAGUGUGGAAAGAGCUUCCAGUGGAGAAACGCCCUUACAGUGCAUCAAAGAACUCACACAGGGCAGAAACCCUAUAAAUGCUUGGAAUGUGGAAAGAGCUUCAGUCGGAAUGACUACCUUACUUUGCAUCAAAGAACUCACACAGGAGACAAACCUUAUAAAUGCAUCGAGUGUGGAAAGAGCUUCAGUCAGAGUGGCCACCUUACCUUGCAUAACAGAACUCAUACAGGGGACAAACCUUUUACAUGCUUAGAAUGUGGAAAGAGCUUCAGUCAGAAUAGCACCCUUACUUUGCAUCAAAGAACUCACUCAGGAGACAAACCUUAUAAAUGCAUCGAGUGUGGAAAGAGCUUCAGUUACAGUAGCAGCCUUACUUCGCAUCAAAGAAUUCACACAGGGGGCAAACCUUAUAAAUGCUUGGAGUGUGGAAAGAGCUUCAGUCAGAAUAGCACACUUACUUUGCAUCAAAGAACUCACUCAGGAGACAAACCUUAUAAAUGCAUCGAGUGUGGAAAGAGCUUCAGUCAGUGUAGCAACCUUACCUCGCAUCAAAGAACUCACACAGGAGACAAACCUUAUAAAUGCUUGCAGUGUGGAAAGACCUUCAGGUGGAGUAGCCACCUUACUUCACAUCAAAGAAUUCACACAGGAGACAAACCUUAUGAAUGCUUCGAGUGUGGAAAGAGCUUCAGUCAGAAUAGCACCCUUACUUUGCAUCACAGAACUCACUCAGGAGACAAACCUUAUAAAUGCAUCGAGUGUGGAAAGAGCUUCAGUCACAGUAGCAGCCUUACUUCGCAUCAAAGAAUUCACACAGGGGGCAAAGCUUAUAAAUGCCUGGAGUGUGGAAAGAGCUUCCACUGGAGAAACGCCCUUACAGUGCAUCAAAGAACUCACACAGGGCAGAAACCCUAUAAAUGCUUGGAAUGUGGAAAGAGCUUCAGUCGGAGUACCACCCUUACUUUACAUCAGAGAACUCACACAGGAGACAAACCUUAUAAAUGUUUGGAGUGUGGAAAGAGCUUCAGUCAGAGUGGCCACCUUACCUUGCAUCACAGAACUCAUACAGGGGACAAGCCUUUUACAUGCUUAGAGUGUGGAAAGAGCUUCAGUCAGAGUUGCAAACUUACUUUGCACCACGGAACUCAUACAGGGGACAAACCUUUUACAUGCUUUGAGUGUGGAAAGAGCUUCAGUCGGAGUUGCAGUCUUUCUUCGCAUCACAGAACUCAUACAGGGGACAAACCUUAUAAAUGCUUGGAGUGUGGAAAGAGCUUCAGGUGGAGUAGUGCCCUUACGCUGCAUCAAAGAACUCACAGAGGGGACAAACCUUAUGAAUGCUUUGAGUGUGGAAAGAGCUUCGGGAGUAGUAGCAAACUUACUUUGCAUCACAGAACUCAUACAGGGGACAAACCGUAUAAAUGCUUGGAGUGUGGAAAGAGCUUCACUCAGAGUAGCUACCUUACUUUGCAUCACAGGACUCAUAUAGGGGACAAACCUGAUAAAUACUUGGAGUGUUGAAAUACCUUUCGUCAGAAUGGCUACCUUAAGGCACAUCAAAGAAUCCGUUCAAGGGAAGAGAUGUAUAAAUGCUUUGAAUGUUGAAAAAGCCAGAAAUGUUGUUGAAAGGGGUGUGAUCCUGGUUGAAAUGUGUAGCAUGGGCUGCUUCAGAAGGUGGCUAUCUCCCCUUCCUGUAAAGAGUUUUAAGCAGAGGCUGGAUGCUCCCCCCACCUGUCCCCAGGGACGGAUUCACCACCCCAACUCAGGGAUAGGCUAGAUGACCUUUGAUGUCCCUUCCAGGACUAAAAGAGGAAUAAAAGGGACCCUCCUCCUGUGUCAUUCAGAGCAGUCUAGGACUGAAGGAUGCACAUCCAGCAUCUACACCAAUGGAAGUAGGAUACUUGAAACCAGACCAGAACAAUCAACCCUGGGAAGACAACGAAAGGUACAGACAAGCUAUAGGAAAACUCUUAUACAUCAGCACAGUAACCAGACCAGGAGAGAGACCUCGGGGUUGUAGUGGACAGCACGAUGAAAAUGUCGACCCAGUGUGCUAGCGAUAAUUAGGAAAGGUAUUGAAAAUAAAACAGCUGAUAUCAUCAUGCCGUUGUAUAAAUCUAUGGUGCGGCUGCAUUUGGAAUACUGUGUACAGUUCUGGUCACCUCAUCUCAAAAAGGAUAUUAUAGAGUUGGAAAAGGUUCAGAAGAGGGCAACCAGAAUGAUCAAGGGGAUGGA